AUGGUUGUUGGAUCAGCAAGUUAUCCAGGGAGGCAAGUGCUCCACAAAAUGCAACCAAUGGGCAUGACACCACGCGAGUUGUCCGAAUACGAUGAUCUGGCCACGGCACUUAUUGUGGAUCCUUAUCUCGGGAUAACUACACACAAAAUGAAUAUUCGCUAUAGGCCAUUGAAAACAAAUAAAGAAGAAUUAAAAAACAUAAUAAAAGAAUUCAUUCAAACUCAAGAUUAUAAUAAAGCCUACUCAAAACUUGCUAAUGGUGAAUGGAUGCCUAGGCAUUUCAGUAAAAACAAACAUCAACAAAAUAAACUAAGAGAACAUAUAUACCGUUAUCUCAGAGUAUUUGAUAAAAAAGCUGGAUUUGUGAUUGAACCAUGUUAUAGGUAUUCUUUAGAAGGUCGGGUCGGGGCCAAAAUUUCAACAACAAAAAAGUUUUUCAAACAUGAAAGGAUUGAUUUUUUAGUCGGGUGUAUAGCUGAGAUGACAGAAGAGGAGGAGAAGCAAUUGUUACACCCAGGAAAAAAUGAUUUUUCUGUAAUGUAUAGUUGUCGAAAAAAUUGUGCUCAGUUAUGGCUAGGCCCUGCAGCUUACAUUAAUCAUGAUUGUAGACCAACAUGCACUUUUGAAGCCACUGAUAGAGGAAAAGCUUUUGUUCGUGUAUUAAGAGAUAUUGAAGUUGGUGAAGAAAUAACAUGCUUUUAUGGGGAAGACUUUUUUGGAAAUGGAAAUUGUUACUGUGAAUGUGAAACAUGUGAAAGAAGAGGCAAAGGUGCUUUUUCUGUUCAAAAUGCUCACAAUGAUGAACAAGCUACUAGAUAUAGAUUUAGAGAAACUGAUAAUAGAAUUAAUAGAACAAAAGCAAAACAAACACAAAAAACAAUUAGUAGUAAAAAUCAAGAAAAAACUCGAAUAUCUAACAGGCAGGUCUCAAAUAUUGUUUCACCAUUAAGUAUGAAAGAAAUGAAGCAGAAAGGGUUGACAAAGUAUGAUGCAGAACUCUUAAUAGCCCAAGGUUGCAUUGCAGAUGUAGUUGAUGGAGUUUCCAGUAAAGAGGCCCAAGGUAGUAGAGAAUCUUCUGCUUCAAGUAGGGGUGAAAGAUUACGUCGUAGAACAGAUAGUAGCCGUGUUUUGAAUGGACCGAAUUCUGCCACUGCCACUUCUAAUCAAAGCCAAGCACCUCAAUCUCGUUGCUGUAGUAUUACUAGUUCGAGAAGUAGCCGUGAUUCCCACUCUGGUAUAGUUUUAAGGAGUCAUAAACGUCUUAAUGAUACAUGUACACAAUCUACUUGUUCUAAAGUAAGAAAUUCAUCUAAAACAGAUAGUAAAUUGAGUAGAAAUCAUAAUAUACAUAAAUCUGAAAUUGAUCAAAGUAGUUUAGAAGUAAAUAAAUUAACUGUUGAAGUAAAAUCAUCUCCAGAUCCUCAAACAGAACAUAGUGAACCAGAGUCUCAAUUGGUAACUUGUGGUGAAACAGGACAUGUAAAUACAGAGAACAAAUGUGAUCCAAGUGAAUCUCUGAAUCAUAACACUGAACUGCCUUCAAUAGUUACAGCAAAAACAGAUGCUGUUGAAAAAGAUAUAUCAAAUGUAAAAGAACAAGUAAUAGAUAAUGUUAAGUGUAAUACAAGUGAUGAUGCAUGUAUAAAAAGUGAAAUCUGUGACUUUAGAGAAAAUGUUAACCCAAGUGAGCCUAAGGAUAGUAAAUCAAAUAAGCAUCAUAAAAGUGAUGUAUCAAAUCGGACUGAAGACACAAAAAAGGAAUCAGAAUCUGGGCCUCCUUGGUUGGCAGACAAUUCAAAUAAAAGCAGUGAUUGUCCAUGUACACCUCCACGAAGGGGCCUGAAGUUGACUUUACGUGUUAAACGAAGUCCAGUGGUGGAGGAAGUAAUGGACUGUGGAGGGACAGUUGAAGCUCCAGAAUAUGAAGUUUUAAGGUUAGAAGGUGUGGAUCCUGAAACUGCACGUCGACUGAAGAAACGACGUCGAUCCAAGGAGCGGCAUCGUAAACAUAGUCCUAUCCGUCCCCUGCCUCCUAUGAAACGCUUAAGAUUAAUUUUUGGUAAUGAAAGUCGCACUAUCGACUUGCCCACUGCUAUGUCGGCAGAC